UCAAGCUUGCCUAGCAAUUGGAUCUGGCUUCACUCGAGUAUAAAUACUCCUGGUGAGGACCUUGAUGGCCGACUUUUUGCUUCUCAUCCCUCACCAGCAACGGCAAGACCAACCCAGCAGUACCUUCCUCGCCUUCUUUGUCCAACCUUCGCCAUGAAGUUCCUCGCCGGCCUCUCCUGCCUCGCCGCUGUUGCCAGCGCCGUUGUCGUCGAUCUCAACAAGCGCGACAGCCCCCUCGAUGUCAAGAUCGAGUCUACCGGCAACACGGCCAUCAAGGCAAGCAUCACCAACACUGGCGCCUCUGACCUCAAGGUCCUGAAGGCUGGCUCUAUCCUCGACAAGCUCGCUGUCGAGAAGGCUGAGGUCUUUGCUGGCUCCGACAAGGUCGAGUUCGACGGUAUCCGUCUCCGUCUCGGCACCAACGGCCUUCCCGAGGAUGCCUUCCAGGUCAUCCCCGCCGGUGAGACCGUUUCCGUUGAGUGGAACUACGGUGAAGUCCACGACCUCAGCGUCGGAGGCAAGAUCGAUGUUGCCGCCAAGGGCGCCCUCUCCAUCGCCGAGGCCGGCAGCAACGACAUCACUGGCACCGCCUCCUUCAGCUCAAACAUUCUGAGCGUCGAGGUUGACGGCGCCGCCGCCUCCAAGGUCCGCCGCGACUUCCGCGAGAACGUCAAGCGCACCGUCGUCCAGUCUGACUGCACCGGUACCCAGCGCACCGCCACCACCACCGCUCUCUCUAACUGCCGCGCCCUUGCUGCCGCCGCUUCCUCUGCUGCAUCCACUGGUGCUGCUGCCAAGAUGGUCGAGUACUUCAAGUCCUCUUCCCCUGCCACCCGUACCACCGUUGCUGGUGUCUUUGCCAAGGUCGCCACUGAGUGCGGCAGCACCACCUCUGGUGUCUCCAAGCAGUACUGCACCGACAUCUACCCUGCCUGCUCCUCCGGUGUCAUCGCCUACACUCUUCCCUCCGCUUCCUACAUGGUCAACUGCCCCUACUUUUUCAAUAGCCUUACCGCUCUCUCCAGCACCUGCCACGCUCAGGACCGUGCCACCACUGCCCUUCACGAGGUUACCCACUUGACCCAGAUCAAGGGAACCACCGAUCAGAGCUCCUGCUACGGAUACAGCUGUGUUCAGGGCUUGACUGCUGCCCAGAACCUAAACCACGCCGACACCUAUGCCCUUUUCGCCAACGCCAUCUACGUCGGCUGCUAAGCGAUCAGCAUCAAGAUGGACAAAUCAAAUGGGUUCGAGAUUGAGAACUCGGCCAGGCCGACUCUCAGGACCAGGGGAUAGUCAUGCUUGGGCAUUGUCUGCGGCUUCGUUCCGAGGACGACAAAU